AUGGCCGGCACACACUAUGCCAAAUAUGAUUUCUAUAAUUUCUAUAAUUUCUAUAAUUUCUAUAAUUUCUAUGAUUUCUAUGAUUUCUAUAAUUUCUAUAAUUUCUAUAAUUUCUAUAAUUUCUAUAAUUUCUAUGAUUUCUAUAAUUUCUAUAAUUUCUAUAAUUUCUAUAAUUUCUAUAAUUUCUAUAAUUUCUAUAAUUUCUAUAAUUUCUAUAAUUUCUAUGACUUCUAUGAUUUCUAUGACUUCUAUGAUUUCUAUGAUUUCUAUGAUUUCUAUGAUUUCUAUGAUUUCUAUGAUUUCUAUGAUUUCUAUGAUUUCUAUGAUUUCUAUGAUUUCUAUGAUUUCUAUGAUUUCUAUGAUUUCUAUGAUUUCUAUGAUUUCUAUGAUUUCUAUGAUUUCUAUGAUUUCUAUGAUUUCUAUGAUUUCUAUGAUUUCUAUGAUUUCUAUGAUUUCUAUGAUUUCUAUGAUUUCUAUGAUUUCUAUGAUUUCUAUGAUGAAUAUUAA